AUGCCUACGGGGGAGGAGACAUUGGCCGACAUGCCAGUGGUAAAUGCAACAGUUGAUAAUGUUACGGACGGGCAUUCAAAGGAAAGGAAAUCCGGAGAGCCUGCAAUGGUAGUGUAUGUUGCACCAGAGGACCCAGCUCAAGUAGACUUUUCAAUCCCGUCAUUCUCGCUUGGCAUCACUCAGAUGCACAUACCAGACUCACCGCCCAGAUCUCCGGUAACAAAUGAUCAAAAUACGACUCCGGAACCUGAAUCACCAGAAAACAUAACAACAAAAGCUGUGGUGGACACACUAAUGCCAUCUGGGGGUGUUGCAAGGCCGACAGGUGAUGACAUGAACAGGAUAUACAAGUGGGUGACAGAUCAGAGGGGUGCAAAGAAUACCAUACUUGCGUGGAUUCGCAAUGGCGAUGAUGUUCAACUGCAGCGAGCGGAUCUUCAAUCACUGGGAUGGCGUAGAAAAGUGGUUGAUUACUGCUGUGCCAUGUUCAAUACUUCGAGCAACGCAAGGUUUUGCACGCAUUUUUACUGUAUUCCACCGAGACUAAUGGCCAUAAUAUUGACUGAUGAUAACAUUGAACAAUUUGCCGGGACGAACACUGGUUUUGUCCCUGUUCUUAGCAAAUUCAUGGGCCGCGGGCAGCACUGGUUCGAUGCGGAGAAAGAGAAAAAGUUUAUUAUUGUGCCGAGAUGA